AUGGCGUCUGCUGCUCUAGGAGAUGAGCUGAGCUGCUCCAUCUGCCUGAACCUUUAUACGGAGCCGGUGUCCCUGAGGUGUGGACACAACUUCUGCCGGGACUGCAUUGUGACUGCUCUGGAUACACAGGAGGGGUCUGGAGUUUAUACCUGUCCGGAGUGCAGAGAGGAGUCUGUGGAACGUCCUACAAUGGAGAAGAACAGGAAGUUGUGUAACAUUGUCGAAAACUUCAGAUCUGCACAACCAACAGAGGAGAAAAGUGAGAUCUUCUGUACGUAUUGUGUGGAUUCUCCAGCAGCAGCCAUUAAGACUUGUGUGCAGUGUGAGACCUCUAUGUGUGAUAAGCACCUGACAGCCCACAACAAGACAGUGGACCAUGUGUUGAUGGAACCCACCACAUCCUUCAGAAGUAAAAAAUGUUCCAUCCACAAGAAGCUUCUGGAGUAUUACUGCUCCGAGGACGCCGUCUGCCUAUGUGUGUCCUGCUGUCUGGUGGGGAAACAUAAAGGGCAUGAAGUGGAACUUCUAGAAGACGCUUUUGAGAAGAAGAAGGAGAAACUGAGAGGUGUUCUAGGAAAACUGACUAUGAAGAGAAAAGCAACUGAGCAGAGAAUUCAAAAUCUACAGGACCACAAGAGGAAAGUCCAUAAAAAAGAAGGUGAUGAGAAGAAGAGAGUCACCGCCCUGUUUGAGGAUUUCGGGAGACAGAUGGAAGUCCAGCAACAGAAAGUCCUGAGUGAGAUCUCCAGGCAGGUAGAGGAGGUCUCACUGUCAGUCAUUGAUCUUACCAAACAGUUGAAGAUACAUGAGGACAAGCUGUCCAAGAAAAUGUGUCACAUCGAGAAGAUAAAAAAUAUGACCGACCCAAUAACUGUCCUACAAGAUGAGGAAUCAGAUACUGAUGAAGUCCUACAAGAUGAGGAAUCGGAUACUGAUGAAGUCCUACAAGAUCCGGGAUCAGACACAGGUGACCGGAAUGUGGAGGGAUCUUCUGUUCGUGAUCUGGAUGAUUUCAUGAUCUCACUUGUGUUGCACAGAUCUAUAACGGCUCUUAUCACUAACAUGCAAUUAAAAAGCAACUUCUGUAUCCAGGAUUCACCGGAUCUGCUACUGGAUGAAAAGACUGCCCAUGGAUCUGUGACUUUAUCCUAUGACCUGAGAACAGCGUCCUACUCUGAAAUAUAUAAGAAAAGACCAAAAUUACCAGAGAGAUUUACACAAGUCUUUCAGGUGAUGAGUAUGGAGAGCUUUUCCCAUGGCAGACAUUACUGGGAAGUAGAGGUCAGUGACUGUGGGGACUGGGAUGUAGGUGUUUGCUAUCCCAGUAUAGAGAGAAAAGGAGAGGAGUCUUGUAUUGGGUAUAAUAACAAGUCCUGGAGUUUCUGUAUAUAUGAAAACAGUUAUAAUGUUAUGCAUGAUUCUCAAUCACAGGAGGUAAACGUUGAGUCUUCUGUGCAGAGAUUGGGAUUAUAUUUGGAUUAUGAAGCCGGCCGUCUGUCCUACUACCAGCUAUGUGACCCCAUCAGACAUCUCCACACCUUCACCGCCACCUUCACCGAGCCCCUCCAUGCUGCUUUCUAUAUAGGAAAAGCAUGCUGGGUAAAGCUGGCAUCUCUGGUAUUUUCUAUAAAACCGUAA